AAAUCAUUAGGGACUAAUAAACACUCAUCCAUGAACAUUGUUGCAUCAAUUCACAGUUUCUUAAAAUUCAUGUUUUUGGAUUGAAGAAAUAUAAACGGAAGAAUUUUGAAGGCUAAAACAACUUUUCUGAGAAAGCAAUUAUUUUGCCUUCAAUAUGGUGCAGUAACACAGUAAGGACUCUGAGCGCCGCUGUUCACCAACCAGGAGAAAGAUCCGCCGGAACUACCGAGCUUUCACAGCACAACGAAACGCCAGAUUGAGACAAACUCUUUUCCAAGGGACAUCAAACUCAGACCCAUAUUCUGCUGGAUUUGGGGCUCCUUUUCCGAAUACAGAGCGUUCCAGGAAACAUCCGGAAACACAACAGGAGGUAGCCCAGGGUCUAAUGAUCUGCAGGACAAUGGCGGCUCCGGAGAGGGGCCGGAAUUACAGAGGAUUCAUCCUGCUCUCCAUCCUCCUGGGGACCCGGAGCGAAGCUUGGGCAGGACACAUCCUCUAUUCCGUGCCGGAGGAGACAGACAAAGGGUCUUUUGUGGGUAAUAUCGCCAAGAAUCUGGGGCUGGAGGCCCAGGAGCUGGCGGAGCGCGGAGUCCGCAUCGUCUCCAGAGGUAGGACGCAGCUUUUCGCUCUGAAUAAGAGAACUGGCAGCUUGGUCACGGCGGGCAGGAUAGACCGGGAGGAGCUCUGCGCUCAGAGCGCGCGGUGUCUGGUGAGUUUUAACAUCCUGAUAGAAGAUAAAAUGAAUCUUUACCCUAUAGAAGUGGAAAUAAUGGAUGUUAAUGACAAUGCUCCUAGGUUCUUGACGGAAGAAAUGAAUGUAAAAAUAAUGGAGAAUACAGCCCCUGGGGUGCGGUUUCCGUUAAAAGAGGCUAGGGAUCCGGAUGUGGGCACGAACUCCCUCCAGAGCUACCAGCUCAGCCCCAAUCGCCACUUCUCCCUGCUUGUGCAAACUGGAGAGGACGGAACUAAGUAUCCGGAGUUAGUGCUGGAGCGGGUGCUGGACCGGGAGGAAGAGGCGAUUCACCACCUCCUCCUCACAGCCUCUGAUGGUGGUGACCCACCCUUAUCUGGCACCGCCCGCAUCCAAGUGGUAGUGUUGGAUGUGAAUGAUCAUGCGCCAGUCUUCUCUUUGCCUCAGUACCAAGUCACUGUCCCUGAGAAUGUGCCGGUGGGCACAAGACUGCUCACAGUAAAUGCUAUUGACCUCGAUGAGGGAGUCAAUGGGGAAGUGACAUACUCUUUUUGGAAAAUAACUCCAAAAAUUCUACAGAUAUUCCAACUGAACUCCCACACAGGAGAACUAUCAACUUUAGAAAGCCUAGAUUAUGAAGAAUCCAGCUACUAUGAAAUGGAAGUUCAGGCUCAGGACGGUCCUGGUAGUAUGACAAGGGCUAAAGUACGGGUCACCAUUUUAGAUGUGAAUGACAACGCCCCAGAAGUGACUAUAACAUCUGUAAGCAGCUCAAUCCCUGAAGAUACACCGCCUGGAACAGUAAUUGCUCUUUUCUACUUUCAAGACCGAGAUUCCGGAAAGAACGGUGAGGUGACCUGCACUAUUUCAGAAAAUCUACCUUUCAAGUUAGAAAGAUCAAUAGACAAUUAUUAUAGAUUGGUGACAGCAAAACACCUAGACCGAGAAAUACUCUCUGUGUACAACAUCACGCUGAAAACCACAGAUGGUGGAUCCCCGCCCUUGUCCACAGAAACUCACAUCUCCAUAAAGGUGUCAGACACCAACGACAACCCACCUUCCUUUCCCCACUCCGCCUACUCUGUCUAUGUCCCUGAGAAUAACCCCAGAGGUGCUUCCAUCUUCACUGUGACUGCACACGACCCUGACAGUGACGAGAAUGCCAGAGUCACUUACUCCCUGGAUGAAGACACCAUCCAGGGUGUGCCUCUAUCCUCCUAUGUCUCCAUCAACCCUGACACUGGUGUCCUGUAUGCAUUGCACUCCUUCGACUAUGAGCAGUUCCGUGACUUGCAAUUGAGAGUGACUGCACAGGACAGCGGGGACCCACCGCUCAGCAGCAACGUGUCCCUGAGUCUGUUUGUGCUGGACCAGAAUGACAAUGCACCCGAAAUACUGUACCCUGCCAUCCCCACCGACGGGUCCACUGGUGUGGAGCUGGCACCCCGGGUGGCGGUGGCUGACAGCAUCCCAGAUGUCCUGGCCGACCUGGGCAGCCUGGAGGUCCCUCAUGACUCCGAAGCCUCAGGCCUCACUCUGUACCUGGUGGUGGCAGUGGCUGUGGUCUCCUGCGUCUUUCUCGCCUUUGUUAUCAUCCUGCUGGCACUCAGACUGAGGCGCUGGUCCACAUCGCGCAUGCUCCAAGCUUCAGGGGGCGGGUUCACUGGGGAGGUCUCCCUCACCGCGGACUCAGGAAAGAGUCACCUGAUCUUCCCCCAGCCCAACUAUGCAGACACGCUCAUCAGUGAUGACAGCUGUGAGAAAAAAGAUCCCUUUUUAGCACCCAUAGAUUUUCAUGAAUGUAAGGAUGAAGCUCAAAGUAUUCGGCCGCUGCGCUACCGCAUUCCCGAGGAAAUGCCCGAGGGCUCGGUGGUGGGGAACCUCGCCAAGGACCUGGGGCUCAGUGUCCGCGAGUUACCGACUCGACAACUGCGCGUCAGCUCUGAGAAGCCUCACUUCACUGUGAGCGCGGAGCGCGGGGACUUACUUAAUUAUCAGCUCAGUCCCAAUGAUCAUUUCUUACUCGUGAAUAAGGAGAAAUCAGAUGGUAGCAAAUACCCCGAGCUGGUAUUGAAGAUGCCGUUAGAUCGGGAGGAGCAGAAGUCCUACCACUUGACCUUGACGGCCGUGGACUGCGGGGAUCCACCCCUAAGCAGCACUGCUCAGAUACAAGUCCUGGUGACUGAUGCCAAUGAUAGCCCCCCGGUGUUCAGCCAAGAGUUAUACAGGGCGGGCCUUCCGGAGAACGUGUUCCCAGGCACCACUGUGCUCAGAGUGAUGGCCACCGACCAGGAUGAGGGCGUCAAUGCCGAGAUCACCUUCUCUUUCACUGAAGCAGGCCAGACCACCCCGUUUGACCUGAAUUCUACUACUGGGGAAAUUACUACUCGAAAUACUCUAGAUUUUGAGGAAGUCAAAGAAUAUUCCAUGGUUUUGGAAGCAAGGGAUGGCGGAGGAAUGAUUGCCCAAUGUACCGUGGAGAUACAAGUCCUAGACGUAAAUGAUAACAUCCCAGAAGUGAUUUUGCAAUCUCUCACCGACGUUAUUAUGGAGGACACCGGGCUGGGAACAUACAUUGCUUUACUUAAAGUCCGUGACAAGGAUUCGGGGGACAAUGGAGAAGUUACUUGUAAAUUAGAAGGUGAGGUUCCAUUUAAAUUGCUAAUUUAUUCGAGAAACACGUAUAAAUUAGUGACAGACGGAGUUCUAGACCGUGAGCAGACCCCGGAGUACAAUGUGACCAUCACAGCCACCGACAGGGGCAAGCCGCCCCUCUCCUCCAGCACCACCAUCACCCUGCGCGUCACCGACGUCAACGACAACGCCCCGGUGUUCCAGCAGCCAGCCUACCUGGUCCACGUGCCAGAAAACAACCCGCCCCCGGCCUCCAUCGCGCAGGUCAGCGCCUCCGACCCCGACCUGGGCCCCAACGGCCAGGUGUCCUACGCCAUCGUGGCCAGCGACCUGGAGGCACGGGCGCUGUCGUCCUACGUGUCCGUGAGCGCGCACAGCGGGGUGGUGUUCGCGCAGCGCGCCUUCGACCACGAGCAGCUGCCGCCAACGUGA